UGAGGCACCCCCUUCCCAUCUAACUCUUCCUCACUCACUCACUCACUCACUUCACUCAGAUCUCGCAACCAUGUCGUCAAUUGCAGCCAACCAACUUCCCGGCGACCCGCACCCAAAGGCCACCCCCAUCGGGCGUGACAACUCUCUUCCUGUUCCCAAGGCAGAUGGUAACCUCAGCUUCGUUCUUCGAGGGCAGGAGGACGCCAUCUUCGAGCAGAGGGAGCGCAAGCCAUUGAAGGACGACGAGGUUGAAGUUAACAUCCGACAGACGGGCAUCUGCGGCUCCGACGUGCACUACCUCCAACAUCUGCGCAUUGGAGACUUUGUAGUCCGCAAGCCCAUGGUCCUCGGUCACGAGUCGGCCGGAAUUGUCACGCGGGUAGGCAAGGCCGUCGACACGCACAAGGUUGGAGACCGAGUGGCUCUUGAGCCGGGAGUGCCUUGCUUCAUGUGUGACAGGUGUAAGGCGGGGACUUACAACCAUUGCGAGAAGCUUGUCUUCGCCGCCACGCCUCCCUAUGAUGGCACCCUCGCCACUUACUAUAACCUCAACGCUAGCUUCGCCCACAAGAUCCCGGACAACAUGACACUCGAAGAGGCCAGUCUGAUGGAGCCGCUGGGAGUCGCAGUGUACAGCACAGUCUUCCAGGGCAAGGCCGCCCCUCUGCAGAACGUCCUCGUCUUCGGCGCUGGGCCCAUUGGGUUGCUCUGCGCUGCUGUUGCCAGGGCCUUCGGUGCAAAGAGGGUCGUCGUCAUCGACGUCGUCGACUCGAAGCUCCAAUUCGCCCGCUCAUUCUGUGCCGACUCCGUCUACAAGCCUUCCCUCCCCAAGGAGGGCGAGACCCCCAUCGCAGCAUCAGAGCGCAACGCCAACGAGCUCCUUGGCAGCGACGCCUCCUCAGAAGACAUUCGUUCAAAGGGCGGAUUCGACCUCGUCCUUGAAUGUACAGGCGCAGAGCCUUGCGUUCAAAUGGGUCUGUUUGCUGCUCGUAAGCGCAGUCGCUUCGUUCAAAUCGGUAUGGGUCGCACCCCACUCUCUUUGCCGAUUCACAGGAUCAACAUCAACGAGAUCGAGAUGGUGGGCUCCUUCCGCUACGGAUCGGGCACCUACAGGACUGCAAUCGAUCUCGUGGCCGAGGGUAAGAUUGACGUGAGCAGGAUUGUGACGCAUAGGUACAGGUUCGACGAGGCACACGCUGCCUUUGAAGCAACAAAGCGAGGGAAGGGUGAGGACGGAGAGCAGUGCAUCAAGGUACAGAUCUGCCAAGGGGAGGCGAGCGAUGCUUGAGCGGGUCGAGCUGUAUCUUCACGGAAUGGAAUCGUUGUGAUCUCAAGAUCGACUGGUAUUGAUGCUCUCUCUCUCUCUCUCUCUCUCUCUCUCUCUCUCUCUCUCUCUCUUUGUGGGGGCCUUGCGAUGCGACUACCACUUUCUAGCCUCC